AUGGCUUGUCAUCUCCUUGGCCAGGUGAUCUUCUAUUUGAGCGGCCUUACGUGCACGGACGAGAACUUCAUCAACAAGGCAGGGGCUCAGAGGCUGGCAUCUGAACUCGGGAUAGCAUUGGUAGCACCAGACACCUCACCCAGGGGUUUGAAUGUGGAGGGGGAGAGUGACAACUGGGACUUUGGCCUCAGUGCUGGCUUUUACCUGAAUGCCAAAGUUGAAAAAUGGAAGAACUGGCGCAUGUAUGAAUACGUUGUGGAAGAGCUGCCAGCACUGAUCCAAAGGAGUUUCCCAAACUUGGAUUUGGGCAAUGCAUCGAUCAUGGGGCACUCCAUGGGGGGCCAUGGCGCCCUCACCAUCGCCUUGAAGAACCCAGGCAUGUUCAAGUCCAUCAGCGCGUUUGCUCCAAUCUGCAACCCCACACAGGUGCCAUGGGGACACAAGGCAUUUGGUGGCUAUCUUGGUGAUGACCAGAGUGAAUGGGCACAGUACGAUGCCACGGAACUCCUGAAGACAUAUAGCGGUGUGUCCAUUCCCAUAUUGAUGGACACAGGCACAGACGACCCCUUUCUUGAGAAACAGCUGACACCCUGGGUCCUUGAGAAGGUCGCUCAGGAAAAACAAUAUCCACUGACCUCAAGAAUGCAGACUGGCUACAACCAUUCGUACUUCUUCAUCGCCACUUUCAUGGCUGACCACAUCCAGUUCCAUGCCAAGGCCCUUGGGUUGUAA